AAUAUCAACUCCUUAAAAUCAUAACCCUAAUAAUUAUCGACAAUAACUAUGUUUAAGACAUGCUUAUGAAAAAACCUAGUCUUUAUAUAAAGAGUAACUAAGUUUCACCAGUUAGAUAUAGCUAAAACGGUAUAAGCACAGGGCAGCAAAUUGCUAGGUCGUUGACUCAGUAUCGAGUCAAAAAUGGCAGAAGAAAUUAAGCUAAUCGGCAUGUGGGCUAGUCCUUUCAACUGCAGAAUACAAUUAGCCCUAAAGCUAAAAGGGGUUGAAUAUGAGUACAUAGAGGAAGAUCUGUCUAAAAAGAGUGACUUGCUCCUCAAGUAUAACCCAAUUCAUCAAAAAAUUCCUGUUCUUGUUCAUAAUGGAAAAUCAAUUUCAGAAUCGCUUGUAAUUCUUGAAUAUAUUGAUGAAACUUGGAAAAACAAUCCUGUCUUACCUCAGGAUUCUUAUAGCUCGGCCGUAGCUCGUUUCUGGGCUAAAUUCGUAGAUGAAAAGAUGUUGCAAACUGCCAUCAAGGCUAGUAAGGCUGAAGGAGAGGAGAAAGAAAAAUUGAGUGAAGAUGUGAAUCAAGAUCUGAAAUUGCUUGAAAAUGAGCUAAAAGGAAACAAAUUCUUUGGAGGUGAAAACAUUGGGUACCUAGACAUUGUCACCUUUUCUAUAGUAUAUUGGUUCAAAGUGGCUAAUGAAGCUUUCCAAAAAGAGUUUAUUUCUGAAGAUAAAUUUCCUGCUUUGUAUAAAUGGAUAGAAAAUAUGAGUCCUAUAGAUGUUGUGAAGGAAUCACUGCCUCCUAAAGAUAAACAUGUAGCUUUUAUUAGAGCUCACAUACACUAAAAAAAACUCAAAAAACUUGGUAUUUGGAUCCUCUCCUUUAAUUUGUAUGUUCAGUUCGUGCAAUUUCUGUUUGACACGUGUCAUACAAUAAAUGGAUGUUUCAUCACGUGGCGAAUUCGGUUCACACAAGUAUGUAUGUA